GUGGGACAGUAACUUUAUUGCACGGUGUAAUUAAGGUGUUUUGUCCAUCCAGAGCACAUUAUAAUCUCUGGUUUAAAAGUCAACCAGGAUGACGAUAAAGAUGAUGAUGAUGAUGAUGAUGAUGAUGAUGUGCAUUACAGCUGUUUUGUUUGAUCUGACUGCAGCAGAUACAUGCGACUCUGAUCGUCACGCUCUCUUGCUCAGACUGAAUCAGGAUCUGCUGCGCUCCACUGGAAAUCAGGAGUCUCUUCCCAACCCGAGUAUACACAUUGCCCUACGCCUCUCCCCCCAACACAACCUGGUCAAAGAGACCCAGUACCUCAACCAGCUCAAGACCAAGUUCCACAAAGACAUUCAGAGCACUCUGGACAAACGCCAGCCUGUGUUGGGCCGUCUCGCCCUCUACGUCAUGGCCUUAAAAGCUUCCUGCCAUGACCUCAGCAGCGUUUCUCUGUUGACGGAUGAGAAGAGCGAACCUCUGCUAACACACCUUAAGAAACAGAUGGAAGUGGAGAAGGACCACAUUGCGUUUGCCCAUCGUCCCCUGACCAACUACUACCAGUACUCUUUGGGAAUUCUGGCUCUGUGUGUGAGCGGAGUGAGAGUAAACCCUCAUGUCAGUCACAAGCUCACCCACGCUGCCCUGCACAACCAGUUUAAACACGAUGACACCGUAAGUGUGGACACUCUUGCGAUGGCUGGCAUGGCUCUGCAGUGUCUGAAAGAAGGUGAAACCCAGGUUAAAAACAAGGAUUUGGAGAAGGCGCUGACCACCAUCAAGCAGAAGCUUCUGGAAUCUCAGCGAGCCGACGGCCACUUGGGCAAUGAGUUCAGUACCGGCCUUGCUGUGCAGGCUCUACUGGCGAUGGGCAACAAUGUAGACGAGUGCGGUACAUCAAUGACGGCUUUACGUUCCGAUGCCAGAAAAGGUUCCUACCACAACGCCAUGGCGAUUUCUCAAACCCUGCCUGCUCUUCAGCAGCGCUCGUAUCUCCAUCUGAAGAACAAGGAAUGUCUCAACGAGAGCGACUCUCUUGUUCUGGAGCCCGUCAAAGUUGUCCUGUCGACCCUGCCGGAUAUUCAUGUGCAGGUAAAUGUGGAGGUGGUGAAAGCAGAUGGGUCGUCCUCCAAUUUUCAGGUCAACGUUCCCAGCGGCUCCUCUCUGUUUGAGAGUCUCACACUGCUUCAGCGCCAGCAGACGGACUUCAAGUUUGAGAAGGAGGACAGUCUGUGGGGACCAUUCCUUAGUGUGGUGAACGGAGAACAGGCUCGUCAGAGCGACCGGAGAUACUGGCAUAUUGCUUCAGACGGAAAAGGUCUAAGUCAGGGCAUAAAGGACUAUAAGAUUGAAGCAGCUCAGAAGAUCACCAUCAAGAAUACCGCCUACUGAUCUUCCACCAAAAAUGAGACAAGGGAAUGCUACAGAAUAAGAUUGUUAACCUUUUAGUGCUCAUACAUUUUAUUUGUGGAGGUUUUUAUUCAACAGUUGUUUCUGUUCUAUUAAUUUAAUGGGUCAAUGAGCAUUUCAAAAGUUCUGAUAUUCAGUAUAACAGUAAGACUGGGGCAUUUUAGCCUGUGCAUCAUGCCAUUUAUCUGCCUUCAUUAUGUAAAAUUAUGACAAUCUUUUGUUACACAGAUUGUUACUACCCUUAUUACAAUCUCUUCGUCAGUUAACGUUACCAUGUGGUUUCUUUGGGAAGUCAUUUAGUAAAUUUUCCUCAGGAAGAAAUUAACAAAAUAAUUAACUGUGUUGUGUUACUCGAUAAUAAAAAAAUCUUUCUUGUU